UCAUAUCGAAUGCCAUAGUGUUGGUCACUUGCGAUGACACCACGCACUUUAAAUUUUUCAGAGUGUAUAAACUUUGUUGCUCAGUGAUUGGAAAUGGCGCCUAUAUUUUUGGUAUAUAUAUGCUCUGGAACAUCAGGCGAUGCUUUUGUAAUGUGCUAAGUUGGCUGGAGGAUUUGGAACAUCGCUGCUUAGAGUACAAAGAGUUACGACGUCUGCAACGAAUUCAUCAGCAAUUGAUUAAUGUAACCAAGACAUUUUCAUCGGUUUAUAGUCACAUUUUAUUCUAUUUUCUGAUGCGUACUUCGUAUUUUUGUAUGACAUCUUUAUAUUUUACCAUACGCAUCUAUUAUUCGAAGCCCAAAAUGAUUAUUCCCCUAAAAUAUCAACUACUAAUGCCAUCGUUGUGCAUCAACAGCAUAUUAUUGCUAUUUACACAGGGAAGCGCCACAGGACGAAUGGAAAAAUUUUCAAAGGAAACUAAGGAUAUUUUGCGUCGCUCAUGUGAUCAGCCUGAAUUGCUGGAACGAAGUAACUCUUUGCUGGGUUUACAUCUCAGCUUGGAGAGGACAGACGUUCGUCUCUAUGGACAGGUGACCAUUAAUCGUCGGCUAUGCUUCACCUUUCUCUCGCAAAUUCUAGUCUAUGUGAUCUGUAUAAUUCAAGAAGAUUUUAAUAUUAUAUGGCACUAACUACAAUCUUAAUCAAUGUGUUGCGUAGACUUGAAGUUAGAGUAUGGCGCAUAGUGAAUGGGUAAGUGAGCUUAAGCCUUUCGCAUGGAGCACCUGCUGUAGACUACUCAUGAAACUAAAAGUACAACUGGCCAGCGGCGAUAUCGAUUUGGAUAUGGACACAGCCAUUUCAUUGAUUGCUCCUGGCGCUUGCCAUUCAAUUGUGAGCAAACUAGACGAACUACUUUUACCUACUUGCCAACUACUGAACAAAAGAAGUUGAACGAAGAGUAAAAGUGGCUUGAAAUUAAGUGUGCAUAAUCUAGAGAGAUGCCUCAUGGAUAUAAAUUCUAUUUAAAGUUAAAGUAUCUACGAGAUGCAGAAGUAUCUUUCAGAUGUUGCCUGCGUCAUCAAUCAUUUGCUCUGGCUGAAACGUGGCAAUUGCAGCUGGAGAACAGACAUGUCAUGGACUAGACAGAGCGUAGUUAAGCAGUAGAAAGAGAACUUUGAGUAGUUGGCAUCGUUAUCAAAUCGUGAUAAUUGCCCUGCAGCUGCAGAGAAGCUUUCAGACAUGUCCCGACGCAUUUAGCCAACUUUAGGCAGCUGACUGGUAGACUUGGCUGACAACUCGUCUUGUAAUCCUUGUAAAAUUUACUUUAAUUAUUUAACAAUGUUUAUUACAUGUAAAAUGACAAAACGCGACUUGCGUGCCGUCGUCGUGUGGCAGCUGAAAAGGACCUGAAAAAGGAGCUGAAAAUCGAGUGAAUAUUUCACACCUGCUG